UGUUAUAAUUAUUAUAUAUAUACGUCGUGACUGCGUUUUCAUUCCACCUAAUGUAAAAGUGAAUUAAAAUUAAAUAAAUUAGUUUUCAGUAGUUUAUAAAUAUUGGCCCAGCCUGCCGCCCACAGCACCAACAUGACCGAAUCCAUAAAGCCAUUGCUGGUCUCCUGCUUAGCCAUUGUUGCGGUUCUACAUGUCCUUUACCAGCCAACAGAUGCGACUGGUGGUGCGUUGCCCCUGACCAGUGAAAAUAUUGAUAUGACAUUAGGUAAGCCGAUAAUGAUAGCACCUGCUGCAAUUAAAGCGGAAUUCCCGGAAGCUGGGAAGGUGGUGCUAGGCAAAGUGGAUUGUGAUCGAGAGACGGCCAUUGCCUCCCGUUUCCACAUUAGCAAAUAUCCCACACUGAAGAUUGUGCGCAAUGGACAGCUGAGCAAGCGGGAGUAUCGGGGCCAGCGGUCGGCCGAGGCGUUCUUGGAGUUUGUCAAGAAACAGCUGGAGGACCCCAUCAAGGAGUUCAAAUCGCUGAAGGAUCUGGAGAAUCUGGACUCCAAGAAGCGUAGUAUUAUAGGCUAUUUCGAUAGGCGCGAUCAAGCCGAAUAUAAUAUAUUCCGCAAGGUGGCCACCAACCUCAAGGAGGAUUGCCAAUUUCAUGUUGGAUUCGGUGAAGCAUCGCAGGCAAUGCAUCCACCUGGCACACCCAUUAUCGUCUUCAGACCAGAUGUGGCCUUGUCGCACGAAAAUGAUGAAACCUAUACGGGCAGCCUGUCCAAUUUCGAUGAGCUGAAGGUGUGGAUACAGGAGAAAUGUGUGCCGCUCGUCAGGGAGAUCACAUUCGAGACCGCUGAGGAGCUAACGGAGGAAGGGCUGCCGUUCCUUAUUCUGUUCUAUAAGCCCGAUGACCUGAAUUCCAUUAAAGAUUACAAAGCAAUCAUCGAGCAACAGUUGAUGGAUGAGAAGCAGAAUGUCAAUUUCCUAACCGCGGACGGCAAACGGUUUGCGCAUCCGCUACACCACUUGGGCAAAUCCGAAGAUGAUCUACCGGUCAUAGCCAUCGACUCGUUCAAGCACAUGUACCUCUUCCCCCACUUCAAUGAUAUGUAUACGCCCGGCAAGCUAAAGCAAUUCUUGCAGGAUCUUUACAGUGGGAAACUGCACAGAGAGUUUCAUUAUGGGCCGGAUCCCACAAGUAAUGAAAUCCAGUCGGACAAUGGUAAGGGUACAUCGCCGCCCGAGUCUAAAUUUAAGGAACUGGGUCCAUCGAAACACCGUUAUACCUUGCUGGAAAAAGAUGAACUGUAAUAUUACAAAUGUAUAUUCAUUUAAAUAUAAUUAUUAAAAUUUUAUAAAAU